GAGAUGACGUCCACAGCGCAGACUGGAGUUGAUCGGUAGACACUGGAGGAGCGGCGGUGAGAGCGAGAGACGACUUCUGGGCUGUUUGGUGAAGUGACCCCACCAUGCGUGAAUACAAGCUAGUGGUGUUAGGUUCAGGAGGCGUGGGCAAAUCCGCUCUGACAGUCCAGUUUGUACAGGGAAUUUUUGUGGAAAAAUAUGACCCCACAAUAGAAGACUCCUACAGAAAGCAAGUGGAAGUAGACGGGCAGCAAUGCAUGCUGGAAAUCCUGGACACAGCAGGGACAGAGCAGUUCACAGCUAUGAGGGACCUCUACAUGAAGAACGGCCAGGGCUUUGCUCUGGUCUACUCCAUCACAGCGCAGUCGACGUUCAACGACUUGCAGGACCUGAGGGAGCAGAUCCUGCGAGUGAAGGACACAGAAGACGUGCCCAUGAUCCUGGUGGGGAACAAGUGUGACCUGGAGGAUGAGCGUGUGGUGGGGAAGGAGCAGGGCCAGAACUUGGCCCGACAGUGGAACCACUGUGCCUUUUUAGAGUCCUCGGCCAAGUCCAAGAUCAACGUUCUCGACAUCUUCUACGACCUGGUCAGACAGAUAAAUAGGAAAACGCCAGUGGAAAAGAAGAAGGCGAAAAAGAAAUCGACCUGCAUUCUUCUCUAAGGCUCCCUCUCGCAGCAGCUCUGAGCCAGAAUGCUGUAAUGAAGAACUGUUGCUCCAUUGGAACGUGCCAGCAUUCCAACCCCCCCCCCCUCCCCACCUCCCAUAUCAACGAUUAAAGACGAUGUCAGAAGAGCGAAGCAAAUUUGUUACCUACCAAGGUGGAAAAAGACAUUUCAAUAUAUCUCGCUCAGACUCCUCUCAGCUUUUUAUAUCAGUCAACCCGGAGAACUAUUUGGAUUCAUUUUUGCUGUUGUUUAAUGACGGAACCGUCGUGAACUCUGGCCUACUGAAAUGGCCCCUCAGUAUCCUCUCCACAGUCUUUUUUUAAAUUAUUUUUUUUUUGAAAAUGAAAAGCGGAACGAGGGAGAGACUGCAGUAUUUCUUCCUUGCAAUUGCGUGUUCAGAGACAUUGGGAAAUUGACUUUAGUUGUAUAAAUACCUAAAUCUUCAAACAGCAUGGACACACGUCAGUCUAACUAUAGAUAUUGCAAGCGAAACUGUUGAAGUAUGCCCUUUUUAAAAAUAAAUAACCUUUUGCUGUUCUCUGUUUUAAUUGUGUCAACAAUAGUAGACCAAUCUCAGUACUUUUUUGUUUUUCCAGCAGUAAUGGAUUUCCUUGUCAGCAAAUAACAUGUUUCUAAAGUGACUUUAUUUUGUAUUUGAAGUCAUAAAGCUUUCAUAUUUCCCAUAAUAUAUUCCGGUUCCAUUUCUAUUGCAUAAUGAUGCUUUAGAAAAUGGGUCUUUUAUAGUGAAAGUGGGGAAAAAUA